AUGGAGGGUAUUAAACUAGAUAUGACGAUUUUAGAAUCACGAAUGCUUGCCGCAAUAUCUGAAAACGAGCAUGAGUCGGAUAUUAUCUCGCUAAGAGUAAAACUAGUAGAUAUGGAAGCCGUUGUACAUAAUCAAGACGAAAUUAUUUCCCGACUUAGCGAAGAAAAUCUAUCCUUUAGGUCAAGGUUAUUAAACCUUGAAAAAUUAGUGCAUUUCAUGUCCCAAGAGUAUCGGAACAAAAGCAGUGGAGCGAUUAACCUAUCUAAUAUUACAAAAGAACCAUCAACGCGUAACCGCAAGCAAUCUAUUAAUUUGAAUAAAAACAGUUUGAGUUCACCUCGAAAUAUCGAUAACAAUCUACCUAACGAUAACCACAAAUAUGUUAGUCCGUCU